GGAGUGGAAGAGAUUCAGAAGCACGACGAAUGGCAGUGCGGAAUACUGGUAUUCUUCUCGGAGCUUCUCUGCUUUCAUCGCCUGUGGCUGGCCGCAAAGACGACCGCGUCAGUGUGAUGCUGAAAGUUACCGACCUCCCCGUUUAUGAGGAACAAGCGCCUGUUAGCCAGCAGGCCUAUUUCGUGGAGCCCACUCCUCCUUCCUUCCUAGAGCAGCAGAUAAGCCAAGUCAGACAAGCCGUUGCUUCCGUACUUCCUGAGGGAUCAGAGAAAGUGAGAGAGCGGGUGUCCGACAUAUACGCAACUGGUAAAGCGCAUAGUCAAAGUACUUUAGAUAUGUUACGGGAUGACGCCAGGGUUCUGCCUCGUGCCCUGGCUAUUUCGGCCGGAGGCCUUAUUGGUUUCCUGGCAGCUUACAGGCGUGGAGUUUUUCGCAAGUUGCUGUAUACCGGAAUCGGACUGGGCGCGGCUGCCGCAGUCUGCUAUCCCAAAGCUAGUCGGGAAUUGGCCAGCGCUGCUUACUACCAGACGAAGGAUGUUCUAAAAAAAUUUGAAAAGCCGAAGCCAGUCAAUUGAAAAACUUGGACAUCAAAAGCGCUAGCUGCAAAACGAAAGGCGACGUUAUACAGCAGUAGCGAACACAACCUUCUCUGAUGUUACUGACCCAUUGUGGCAUCUGCUAUAGCGUCAAGUUAUUUAUUUAAAGAAUUGUACCUAGGGACUGCAUGAUAUGAUUUUGGCCGGACGUUUGUCAGUGCUGCAGUUGGUUUUACCAUAGAGUUUUACUGUCUACUGUGUAUCUUUAUGUUGCAUUAUUAAAGCGUCCUCAUAAUAUGUAUUACAGCACUAGCGGGUGCAUGACGAUUAAUAAUAAUUUAUCUUUGCAGAAGAAACUUUGGUGCAUUAUAAUGUUAAACUUCAGAUCUCGUGAUUUGCUUGUAAUCUUUCUUAACGAUUGCCGGGUGUUAGUGGCGA